GCGCGGGCGGGCGCUCUCCCCAGGGGGGCCGACGGCGGCGCACUAUACGCCACGGCCCCACCUGUGCGCCGAAGGCCACAGGGCCGUGCCCUAGUGAGCGAGGAGGAGGAGGAGGAGGAGGAGAAUAUCGAGAAGGAGUGGCAGAGGGGGAGGAGGGGGGGCACCCGCGCGCUGGCCACACGGCCGUGCCCUGGCCCGGGUCCGCGCAGAUCUCUUGCAUCGGCGCUGGACCCCAGGGGCGGCGCCAGAGGCGCCACCACCAGGGGGGGCCCAGCGCAGAUCCGAGAAGUCCGCCCCGAGCUCCGAGAAAUCACGGGUAUGCAACUGCUUCGUCUCCGACUAGCGCCUGGGCAUCUCUGGCCCGGGCACUGCCUGUGCUCGGACGAGAACGGCCGAGCCGAGACAACGCGCAGACUCCAGCAGCCGUGA